AUGAUUAUUCCAAUUCGCUGUUUCACUUGUGGGAAGGUAAUCGGCAACAAGUGGGAGGCUUAUCUUGGUCUGUUACAAGCGGAGUACACUGAAGGUGAUGCCCUGGAUGCGUUAAAUCUUCGCCGUUAUUGCUGCCGACGUAUGCUACUUUCGCAUGUGGACCUGAUCGAGAAACUCUUGAAUUACCACCCACUGGAAAAGUGA